UGAAUCCAUCCAUCGACGGUGAGCAGUCUUGACUCGAUUACUCAGCACUCAACACAACUUUGUUUUAAAAUGGCGGCGGAAGUGUACAGAGACAGGUAUGAAAUAUAAACGAUGCCGGAUAAACUUAUAAGAUGUGUUAAUGUGUGUAACUCUCUCUGUGUGAGGAGAGUGUAGAGAGGCUGUGAGAGCAGGAUAUGUCUCUCCCUCCUCGGCUGAUUCUGUCGCACUUCAGGAAGCGGUGAGUGAACGUCAGCAGCGAGUCCACUUUGCGAGUUAGUCCGGUUCUACGUCCUUUUAUUUAUUCCCCAUCCUGUCAAAGCGGAAUAUAUGUGCUUCAAUCCCGACUCAUGACACCACGCUGGGGCUGUGUGUGUGCAUGAGACUGCGGUGAGAAGGUGAUGGUGGUCCAGGACUAACUCAGCAUCAUCAUGGACCGCCCCGGGCAGCGGCGGCUACCUGCCACCCACCUGUAGCAUCAACCGGCGGCAGCAUGGCGAACACGACCCACGGUGCCCAGGACCGGAGAGAAAGCCACUGUGGCGUGUCUGGAGGAGCCAUAGUGGAAAAUGGCUGCGCUGUGAACAAUCCGUCUCCCUCUGACCUCCACGCUCAAACCAACAACCACUGCCAUGUUCCCAGCAUGCUCAGCGAGUCCAUCCUCCCCACUUACACGCCAACCUGCUCCUCCACACCCAUCUACUACAGCAGCCCCCAGAAGAGCUGCUCAGACCUGAACCAGGACUGCCACAGUUUGUCCUCACAGGACUCAGGGAUCCCGACGCUAGAGAUCAACCCCCCAGAGCCGAUCAUCCACAACCACCAGCGCGCGGGCAACAGAGGCCUCAUCCUGGACUCCUCUGAUGAUUCACCUGCAACCCUGCCUUUGGAUAACCAUCCAUCUGACAGCAACACCAUCCUCCGUAAGUCCUCUACCUUCCCUCGCAGUGGGUACGACUCCAUCCGCCUCUUCAGCCCCGCCCUCAGGUUAUCCACCACCACGGGGGGCGGAGCCUUGAACCGCAGCGAUGACAUCUCUGUGUGCAGCGUGUCGAGCAUGAGCACCGAACUAUCCGUCUCCAAUGAAGACAUCUUGGAUUUCACUGUCACCUCAGACUCCAGCGCCAUUGUUACCUUAGAGACUGAUGUCAGCAACUCAGCUCACUUCUCAGAUGUGACCCUGUCAUCGUCACCGGGGAACUCCAGAGACCUUUGGAGUCCAGGGUCAGGGGUCAGUGAACAGGAGGAGGAUGGGAGGCAGAAGAAACUGGGACCUCUAGCAAGUUUAUUCAACAGGAGUCUGUUCGCCAGGAGGGUGAAGGACAGUCGUCCGGUGGAGCCGAGAGAUCCAGGCUGGAAGCUGUUUGGAAAAGUCCCGCCACGAGAAACACAGACCAAGGACCCCAAGAGAAUACAAAAGGAAUAUGAAACAAAGAGUGGCAGAGCUGGACCCGGCAACCCGACUUCUCCCAGGAAGAGUGUGAGGAAGAACCUGGACUUUGAGCCGCUCUCCACCACCGCGCUUAUACUGGAGGACAGACCUGCUAAUCUGCCCGCGAAGCCAGCCGAGGAGGCGCAGAAACACAGACAGCAGUAUGAAGAGAUGGUGGCCCAGGCCAAGAAGAGAGAGUUGAAGGAGGCUCAGAAGAGGAAGAAGCAGCUGGAGGAUCGCUGUAAACUCGAGGAAAGCAUCGGCACGGCCGCACAGACCUGGACCGUGGAGAUCUUACCCAACUGGAGCACAGUGUGUACGACACGACGGGUCAGAGACCUCUGGUGGCAGGGCAUCCCGCCCAGCGUCAGAGGGAAAGUCUGGAGCCUGGCCGUGGGCAACGACCUCAACAUAACACAUGAGCUGUAUCACAUCUGUCUGUCUCGGGCUAAAGAGAAGUGGAAGUCCAUGCCAGCACUGCCCUCUGAGCCGGAAACUGAAGAUGCUGGUUCGUCAGAUCGAGAGUCGAGUCUGGAGCUGAUAAAGCUGGACAUCUCCAGAACUUUCCCACACCUGUGUAUCUUCCAGCAGGGCGGACCGUAUCACGAUGUGCUGCACAGCAUCCUGGGAGCGUACACGUGUUACCGACCAGACGUUGGCUACGUGCAGGGAAUGUCAUUCAUCGCAGCCGUGCUGAUCCUGAAUCUGGACACAGCCGACGCCUUCAUAGCUUUCGCCAACCUGCUCAACAAGCCGUGUCAGAUGGCCUUCUUCAGAGUCGACCACAGCCUUAUGUUGACGUACUUCUCCGCAUUUGAAGUGUUCUUUGAAGAAAAUCUACCAAAGCUCUUUGCACAUUUCAAGAAGAACAGCUUGACCCCUGAUAUUUAUUUAAUCGACUGGAUCUUCACUCUGUACAGUAAGUCUCUGCCGUUGGACCUGGCGUGCCGGGUGUGGGACGUGUUCUGCAGAGACGGGGAGGAGUUCCUGUUCCGUACAGCGCUCGGUCUGCUGCGUCUCUACCAGGACGUCCUCACCUGCAUGGACUUCAUCCACAUGGCUCAGUUCCUCACGCGCCUACCCGACCUCCUCCCCGCCGAGCAGCUCUUCCAGCACAUCGCCGCCGUCCACAUGAACAGCCGGAACAGGAAGUGGGGGCAGGUCCUGCAGGCGCUCCAGAAGGAGACUGAGCGGUGCAGCCCGGUGCUGAAGCGCUAAGGAACCAUCACAGACUCACAGACUCAGACGAACCUGAGAGAGCCUGAGAGCGUCUCUGGAUCCAGAACCCUGACCGGAGGAGGUCUGUCAGUGCCGGAGGAGGGGGUGAGAACUGGAACACGAGGCCUUAUUUAUCUCCCGUCGCCCCCCCCUCUGGUCAGACACCCAGCAGAGGACCUGAACGUGUAGCUGGAGGAGGAUGAAGAAUGUAACGCACUCCUACACACAUGGACCACAACGUCUUCCCCCUUGUUUGACUCUUCUGCCUACAUCACACCUCCUGAGUCCACUUCCUCUCACCUCUCUUUGAAUCUGGCUUUUUUAACACCAAGAAAAACUACAUGAGUCCAGAUCUCUAGAAGCCUGAAACUACACGAGUUCUGAUGUUGAAGUGGACCCUCAGUCUGUCUUUCUCUCUCUGUUAUUUUGUUUCUGCACUUUCUUUCCAUCCUCUCCUCCUCAUUUAAACCUCAGUGUGAUUCUCAGUCACUCCAGAUGUUUCCUGACCCCUCCUGUGAAGUCGUCUCUGUCGUGAUGCGAGUUAAAGAUGCACACGUUUGGUGUCUCUGAGAGCACCGCCCUGUUACAUGUCAUUAAAGCCUCUAAAGAGGACCUGAGCUGCCUGUCAGACGAGUUCUGCAGAAUAUUUAUGUCCAUGAAACUGGAGUGAGUGAUCACGUGUUGCUGCUGACGUGGACGCCCGCUUCCUGUCGUGUGUUUGAGCUUGAUCCCGCUGAUUGGUGUGAGCGUGACGUCGUUAAACUUUGUGUUUAUUUAAUAUUUAUAUGUAGAAAUGAAGGCUGCAGCGUUGUUCCUUUUCUCACCUGUGGACCUGAAGGAUUACAAGUGUCCACUAGAGGGCGUCUCAGGAAAGUGAGCCCACUGUGUCGGACAUGUGGAACUCGUUUUGGUGGGUUAGCGCCUCCUGAUUGUCGUGCACUUUUGUAUGUAGAGAGAAGAACCACUGGAUGAGUUUGACACUGAUGAAACGUUAAAAACACGUUAUUUUAAAACUAAUUCUGCUUCAAAGAGGUGUUUUCUCUGAUAUCCGAUCUCCUCAUAAUAAUCUGAAGCUUGGACGAAGGCGCCAUGACGUAACCCGCUGGAUUGUGGAUGAUCAUUUAGAGCCUGAAGUUUAUUUGCAAUUCUCUUUCGGAGGCAGAAGUGAGCGUCUGCAGCGGCUCGGUCAUCACAGUGCAUCUGUAUUCGAUGGUUCCUGUGAUUUUAACUCCCUCCUUUAUUGUGCUUUUAUACCUUUAACAGGACCAUCAUUCACAGAGGUUACUUCCUGCUGCGUUAAGGACAACAAAGAUGGAGAGUUGGUUGUUUUUUUGAUGUGUGGUUAUAAAUCGGUCAGUUCAGAAACCGGCUGAAGAACCAGGAUGGAAGUCAGACAAUCAUCCUCUGCAGACGUGGUCAGAUCUACCUUAGCUUGUUCUAACAAACUCAAACACUAACAUCGGAGUGAGAGUUCGCUCUGUUUAGACAUUCAGAGCUUCACUUUGACGCCUGAAAGUUUAUUUUUGAGUUCCUCCAGGACCAGCUGUCCAUCUCUAACCUACCUUCCGGAGCACGACUGGUACUUUAUACUAGUUCCUCAUGAAACCAUGCUUACAAAUAACAAAGUGUCCCUUUUAAAACCUGCAGCGAGGAUCACACAUCUGCACAGGAAUGUUCUAAAACACGUCCGCAAGACUCCGCUCUUCAAACAGAGAGGCUUUGUCUACAGAAGACGAUCAAAACCUCUAAAUCAGGUAACAACAUUAUUUGUAAUGCACCUUUAAAACCAGAGUUAGUGUGCCAGGCUGGCAGACAAAAGACGGUUACAUUUAAGAUAAGAAAUAGAUCUGUAAACUUAGCACCAGUUGAGAGACUCUGAAAUGAAAAUGUCUGCACACUCAUUUUUAAAGAGUUAUGAUGCAGAUGUCAAAACCUCGUAGAGAAGCAGCCAGACCACAAACAUCCACUGCACCUCUCCCCACGUCUCACCUCCGGGUGUGAAACCUCGGACUAACGUGAGGCCCGUUAGACUGUUUGGUAAGUCACAUCAUGUUGAAACAUAAUCAUGAUGGUCAUGACUUCCCUUCAUGUAAGGUCUCACUUUAGAGGAUUUGGAGUUACGCAUCACGCCUCUGAGUUAAAGUCGUGUUUGUUGUCGUCGUUUGUGCGGCUGCCUCUCUCUGAGGUCGCGCGGUGGUUUAAGUGUCGCUCCACCCUGACCAUUCGAGGGCUUCACACUUGCAUCAUUGUGACGUGUCAUCACCAGCAGCUGUGUGAGUCUGGUGUUUUUAAACUUUGGCUCUGUUCGCAACAUAUUUCAGGUUUUAAAUGAAGCUCAAGAUGAAAAGCAGAUACAAAGAGUCAAAGUGUGACCACUAAAAGUUAAUUUAUGAACACUUAUGGGCUCAGUUUCUUCUUCUGGAGUGUCUUACAACAUUACUCAGAGUCUCUGUGAGUGAAGGAGGAGGAAGAUGAAGCAGUUUCUCCUCAGAGCAUGGAAGUUGCCGGUCUGGGUGAUGAGAUAUGUUUCUCGUAGAUUAUUCAAAAGCUGAAGAGAGACGUGAGGAGUAGAGGGUGGGGAGUGGAACUGGUGACCACUUAAACUGGGGCCUUCAAUCCCAUCCUUACAAAAGUCUUUCAUUGACAGACUCUAACUUUCGUGUGCGUACAGUCGUCGCAGGCUGUUCUGUCUUUGUCGUCUGAAGCAGCAAAGUUAAAGCUGUUUGUACCUUUAAAUCAUUCAGACCCUGAAGUGUAAGAAAAAGACAGUACCAGGUUUAAAAACACUUGAUUUCAAGGCCGGACCACAACGUUGAAAUUCGACGAGAGGGUGAUCUCACAGCUUCGAAGAACUACGAGUUUGUUUGAUAUAUUUCUGCCCUCUUGCACAGACGUGUGGGGUUCGACUCUCUCUGUUUAUGUGUCAUGAUUUGUUCAGCGGGUUUCUUGUUUGAGCUUCUGAAGCUGCUUCGUCUGCGUGUCUUGCUGCUGAUUCUGUGUGAUGGUGUUGACUUCCUUGUGUGCGCUUCGAUACGAGCGUCUCUCUUGUCCCCUCUGAAACUGAACCCGCUCUGGGUUUUAAAAACAGGAAGCGCCUGUCUUUAUUAAACCAUCGCCACAGCCGUGUGUGUUUCAGCGUCUGCAGCAGAUCUGCAGACUUUCUGACCCCCCCUCUUCUUGAUGCACUCCUUCCUCCCCCCUCCCCCCUCCCCCGCUCCUCUUUGUGUGGUGACACACCGCAAGACUGCAAUAAAGCUUUUUGCACAUUCAUGUUGGCCUUUGAGUUGUGCCUCGCAUCAUCACUUCAUGUCAUCGCUCGCAGGUUCAAACGGGUCGUCACUUUUCUUUAAUUCCUUUUGUGUUGAAGUACUCAGCUGAAACACGAGCUGUGUUUUAUGUGUCAGAUUUUAGUAAGUUGUUGUAUUAGAAGCAGGCCUGUGUUUGAAUUGACACUACAAAAGCUCACACUGGAAACACUGUACGGCCCACAAACUACGUUCAAUCACACUGAAUUUCAAAAUAAAAUGUACUUUGUUUCUGAUUUUCCUGGAUACGUGUAGUCUCUUGUUUGCUUUGCAUCGUCUCCCCUGAAGAGACCCGUGUACUGUCGAGGACUGAUAGACACACAUGGAGACAGCAGAGGGUUAUCAUGCAGCUGUAUCUCACUUGAAAUGUACAUAGAAGUGGUUUUAUUAAAAUAAAGAGCUGUACAUAUGAA